AGUAAAAGCAUUUAUGAGCAAAAAUGCUUGGGAGCAAUCCCAUAUGGGCCCAACAUAUAGGCUCCGAUAAAAUUCUCAAGUUGAAAUUUGUUUCUAAAAUCUCUAAGAAGUGAUAUAAAAUUAGGAUAAUUCUCCAAUUCUAAUCAACCUUUCCAUUUUUGCUCCCUCUCGUAAGGCCUAGCCUACUCCUAUAUAUACACACACCAUUCUAAUCCUCCCAUCCCAUCCUAUGCUGUAAGCCCUUCACUUAUAUCCUUUAUCUUUUUGAGCGUUACUUAUUCAUACAAUCAUGGCCAAGUUUCCUGUGAACCCCUUUCUCCUGCUCAGGCGAUCAUAUAAGGUUGCAAGAUCAGUGCAAAAGGCAGCGACGACAAUGAGGAGGACUGCCACAACUGAAUCGGGCAGUAGUGUUAAUGAUAAUGUAGCAAAUAAUCAUGAUAGUCCGCAGAUGAAUCAAGUGUUUUGGAUGAGAGACCCGAAGACAGGGAACUGGAUUCCAGAGAGCCACUUUGAGGACGUUGAUGUUGCAGAGCUGAGGGAGAAGCUCCUCCCCAACCUCAACAACAAGCACAAACUUUAAAUUAACCAUACGGUGUAGGGUUUUUCUAUAUUAAGAAUGUCCUCAUUGAAAAUAAAUAAAUAAAUAAAAAGUGGACACUUAUUUUUAGGGUUACCAAACAAUGGUAUUUCAACUAUCGGCACCUUUUAUAAUUUAGGUCAUCCUUCGAGGGCUGUCCCCCAUGUUGUUUCUGAAACGAAAUAAUGUUUCUCUCUCUUUUCGCUUGCCUUUCAAGAGCAGCAAGCAAUACAACAAUCCAACAAAAUAGGUAAUGUACGUAUCAUGUUUGAUCUCUCUUU